ACAAACCCUCUAAACCCUUCGUCUUCUCGUUCAGAGAAUUAGGAGUAAGAGACUGAAAGGAAAGUGGAGAAAUUAAAAGGAGAAAAAUGGCAAGAGCGGCUCUCCUCCAGUUGGUGCGAUCACACUCCAAGCACCUUCCAUCCACAUACCUUCUUCCAGGCUACCAUUCUUGUGGGAGUGGAAAAUGGGCACAGAGCCUGAAUACCCGAAUUAGUUCCGGUUCUUACAUCCAGAGCAAUGCCUUCCAGAAAAGAUGGGCUUCACAUGCCACGGCAAAGGAAGAUGACGGCAGGAUCAGCAUCGGACCACGUAAAGGAGGAGAUGCUGGGGAGGAUGAGAAAGACUCUGGGAUCGCUUACCAUGGCCCAAUUUCAUCCACCAUAAAGAAAGUUAAGCUUCUCUCACUUUCAACCUGCUGCCUCUCUGUAUCACUAGGCCCUGUCAUUACAUUCAUGACAUCACCUGAUAUGAAUGUGAUAUUUAAGGGUGCAGUGGCAUCUUCAGUAAUAUUCAUCAGUGCUUCUACCACCGCAGCCCUUCACUGGUUUGUAAGCCCCUACAUUCACAAGUUGAGAUGGAAACCUGGUUCAGACAGUUUUGAAGUGGAGAUGUUGUCAUGGUUAGCCACACCAAUACCAAGGACUCUGAAGUUUGCUGAUAUCCGGCUACCAGAGACCAAUAGACCUUUUGUGACAUUUAAGGCCAAUGACAAUUUCUACUUUGUAGAUGCAGAGCACUGUCACAACAAGGCAUUGCUAGCUAGACUGACCCCUAAGAAAGCAACUCGCGAGUCGGCUUUUAAAAAUUUGUGAUCUUUUGACAGAAGUAUACAUGAUAGUGGUCUGUUCUCGUUUUACUUGUGUAUUGCAAUGAGCACUGAUAUAUUCUGAGCCUUUGCUGGCUUUUUUGCCUCUUAUUUGUAAGACACCAGAUUUUAGUUUUCUGGGUGACAAGAAAUAAUAAUCCUCAAUUACCUGCCAGGGAUAAUAUGAUCAAUGAGGUUUUGACUA